AUGGCAACUGCAGCGGCAGAGUCGGCGGAUGUUUCUAGGGAUACACCAGUAGUGUCAAUGGCGGUGUCGACGGCGUUUCCUGGUUUCAAAUUCUCUCCGACGGAUAUCGAGCUGAUUUCUUAUUACUUGAAAAAGAAGAUGGAUGACUUGGAGAGGUCCGUCGAGAUCAUACCUGAAGUCGACAUUUACAACUUCGAGCCUUGGGAUUUGCCAGAUAAAUCUAUAGUGAAAUCUGACAGCGAAUGGUUCUUCUUCUGCGCUCGCGGCAAGAAGUAUCCACACGGUUCACAGAACAGAAGAGCCACCAAAAUGGGAUACUGGAAAGCCACAGGGAAAGAACGUAAUGUGAAAUCAGGCCCUGAGGUGAUCGGAACAAAGAGGACGCUUGUCUUCCACAUCGGCCGUGCACCUAAAGGAGGAAGAACCGAAUACAUCAUGCAUGAGUACUGCAUGAUUGGCGUAUCACUGGAUGCUCUGGUUAUUUGCCGACUUAGGAGGAACACUGAGUUUCAAGGAGCUAAAGUUCAAAAGCCACCAGAGCAGCCAAGUUUAUCACCUGAGAAGCACGUCAACAACUCGCAGAACGAAACGAUCUCAGACACUCUCUCUGGCUGGGAAAACAUGGUUGAUUUCUACUUGUCAAGUGAAUCAGGCCAAGAACUACUCAGUGAAAUAGCAGAAUCUUCACAAUCUUCACAGAAUCCACAGGUUCCAAGUGAAGAAGAUUUCUAUGCGGAUAUCUUGAGGGAUGACAUAGUGAAGCUGGAUGAUCCAACAGUCUCAGGUAAUACAUUGAUCGAUGUUCCGAGGCUGCAAACGGAGUCCAUGACGACAAGAGUGUUGCCUUUGCCAAGCAUGGUAGACAAACAGAUGCAGUCGAUGCUGCAGAGACUGCCGUUGCAGAACGACAUUGGAGAGGAGAACAACAUAUCCAUGUCGAGCUGCUUCAUCGGUAUCUACUCGAUAAAGUCGAUAAACCGAGCUCGGUGGGACGUUGUUGCUUGGGUGUUUGUUAUGAUAGCUGUGUUGGUGUUUUAUCUAGUGUGA